AUGUCUGUUGAAGAAGUGACCCAAAAGACCGAGGAUUUGAAUAUUAAUGAAUCAACGGUAUUGUCUGACAAGGAUUUCCAGUUGAAGCACCCAUUGAACACCAAGUGGACUUUGUGGUACACCAAGCCUCCUGUGGACAAGUCAGAAUCGUGGUCUGAUUUGCUACGUCCAGUUACCUCAUUCAAGACUGUUGAAGAAUUCUGGGCUAUUCACAACGCAAUUCCCAAACCACGCUACUUGCCCUUCAAGUCCGAUUACCACUUAUUCCGUGAAGACAUUAGACCAGAAUGGGAAGAUCCUACCAAUGCCCAAGGUGGUAAGUGGACAUAUCAGUUCAAGGGUAAAACUCCAGAAAUUGAUGAUUUGUGGAUGAGAUCUUUGCUCGCAGUCAUUGGUGAGACCAUUGACGAAGAUGACUCUGAGAUCAACGGUGUUGUUACUAACGUGAGAAAGAAUGGCUACAAAAUCGCUAUUUGGACCAAGUCUGCUGAUAACAAAGAGGCAUUGACCAGAAUUGGUAGCAAGUUCAAGACUGUGUUGAAAUUGGGUGAAGAGGCCCAACUAGAGUUCUUCCCUCAUUCCACCGCCUCUGAAAAGCAUCCACAACCAUCCCUCGUUUUGUAA